AUGUCCGGUCCAGAAGAUACGUCUCCCCUCGGAGACAAGACCUCCGGCGACGAGCAGAAAAUAGCACAUGACCAAGAUGUAGACUCCGACACCCCCCACCUCGAGGGACAGGAGAUUGGCAAUGGCACCGAGUUACAGCAGGCCAACAAUCGUCGAGACUUGCCGAAUAACGAGGAAAAUGCUUCCGAAGUGAGCUCAAUUGAUGCAAGCCUGGUGGACUCGCUGCCACGGCGAGCUGGUAGUCCCGUCGACUCUGUUACCUCCUGCCGGGGAAAUUCCGCACAGGGCUCGUACAUGUCGUCGCCAAGCAGCAGUGUUCUACCUUCAGUAGCUUCGAGACCCGGUUUGAGCAGUCCAUCCCCAUCAUUCAGGCCAUUCGAUCGUCGAUUUCAAUCCCGCAUAUCCUCGCCCUCGUCCAACACUCCACGCCCAUCAUCACCUGCCUUCCUCACUGCGCACAGUCGAAACGCAUCCCUCAGCUCCAACUUUCUGCUAGAACAAAAUGAGACGGACACUCCGUCACCGCCGUGGGAAGUUGUGCGAUGGACCAGAUUACGGAAGUUGAAUGCUCAAGCGUUCUCCGAGGCUGGUCGUCGAAAUUUUGGAUCCCCAACCACUCUGGCCGUAUCGGCGACUAUCGUUUUGGGCACUUCCAAGGGGCCCGGAACCAAAGCUAUCGAGUCUGGGGCAAUCACGGCCAUGGCUAUAUCAGCGGACCACACUACCGUUGCUGGAGGGCAUGCCAAUGGGAAUAUCUUCACCUGGGAUACUAGCAGAGCAUCACGGCCUUUCCUCACCAUCCCGCACCUAGACGAGACCCAAGUGGAAAACCGAACAGCAGACGGACACGUUCCCAAUGCAGCCGUGGUCCACCUCGGCUUUCUCGGCACGCGUCACACAGCUCUCGUGUCAGCCGAUGACCGUGGGAUGGCUUUCUCACAUCUGGCAACCAGAGGCACUGGGGCGCUUGGACGAACGGUGAAAACUACCCGAGUCCUGGGUCGCUAUCCGAACGCAGUCGUUCCUGCUGGGAAGCCGCUUAAGCCGAGCACCGUGCUCGGUUUUGCUCCCUUGCCCCUCGGAAACGUCGAACGAGCAACGGAUAACAUGGGGCUUACCGCUAUGCUUACGCCAUACCUCCUCGUCAUUGUUUCGACCACCCCUAUUGCCCAGACCCAACACAAAUCGGCCCGGCCGAAAGAUGUCCCAGCACAUAGCGCCAUGAGCGGCUGCCUUGCGUGGUUCCCUGCUGUCAAGUUAAAAACUCCCGAUACUCACACCGGGAGCGAUAUUUCCCCGGUAAAACUUGUCUACUGCUGGUCAAACGUAUUGACUGUUCUCGAUGUUGAAGAGGUGUAUGGAGCUGAUGUAGAUCAACCACCUGCCUUGAAGUUCAAGGCGCGAAGCAGGUGGAAGUGCGAAGAGGCUGUCGCCGCGGUCCAGUGGCUAAGUCGAUCUGUUUUGGCUGUGCUGACAAUCUCACAACGUCUUAUCAUAUUGGAGGACAGGAGCAUGCGGAUGACUGAGGCAUUUGACUUGUUACAGAAACACAUAUAUCAUAAGGAUCUCUUUUCAGCGCAACUUCACAGCCUGGUGGAACAACUGGACGAGGAGGAUCCAACUAUGCACGGAGUGGUGGCUGAUGCCUUUUACAUGAGUUUCAAAGCCUACAAGGGGCGGAUAUUUCUGUUCGGCUUCAACGAGCUGUCUAUAGGAGCGCUGUCAAACUGGGCCGAUCGUCUCAUUGCCAUGAUGGAGAACGGAGAUUACAUCGGUGCUAUCAGGCUGGCAACUUCUUAUUAUACCGGCGACGCCGAUAAACUUACCGUUGGCCUUCCUGAGGAUGCCGCACUACGGCAUAUGAUGGUCCAAGACAAGAUACUGGAGAUAAUGUCAGCUUCCCUAAAAUAUGUUUUUACUCAAAGACAGAAACGGGGUAAACGAGGUGACGAGGCAGGUCAUUUGAGAGAGUUGGCAGAGACUUGUUUCGCGGCAUCGCAAGCUAUCGAAGCCCCUUAUUUCUUAUUCGAAGACAUGUACGAAUGGUACAGCGACGGCGACGUCGGUGGACUCUUUCUAGAGGCGCUUGAACCAUAUAUCUUGGAAGGGACAAUCACGGUCGCUCCGCCAGCGGUUGUUAAAGACAUGGUCAGUCACUUCGUGGCCAAGGGGUGGGAAGGCCGACUCGAAGAAAUGAUUUGUCACAUGCAAACGGCAACUUUGGACCUUGACCAGAUCACGGUGUUGUGUAAGCAGCACAGUCUGUACGAUGCCCUGACUUACGUCUGGAACCAAGCGCUCAACGAUUAUAUCACGCCAAUGAUCGACCUAUUGAGCCUCUUAGUGCCGCUAAUGACGCAUGGAACAGACACAGGCGCCACGACCGAAGACGAUUAUUUCAGCGUCAACGCUCUUAAAAUAUUCCCGUACCUCUCAUACACUCUGACGGGUAGAGUAUAUCCCACUGGGAAACUGAUGGAUGAGGAAGCGGCAGACAAAGCAAAGGCGGAAAUCUAUUGGUUCUUCUUUUCCGGCACGACAGUAGAGUGGCCGAGGGGCAGCAAAAAGCAAUUCAUCACACGGCCGGGCGACGCGUCAGAACCUGCUUUCCCUUACCUGAGAAUGAUUUUGAAAUUUGACGCCCCAAGCUUUCUCAGCGCACUCAAUGAAGCCUUUGAGGACCCCUUUUUGAAUGAUUCUUCGGAGAUCCAAGUCAACGGAGGACACCACGUGGACAUGCCUGAGGAACAGAUAUUCGGAAUGACAAUCAACCGCCAGUAUGUGGUGUCAAUUCUGCUCGAUGUGAUGAACCAGGAUGAGUUCGCUCCGGAAGAUACUAUCUAUCUCGACAUGUUCAUCGCUCGAAAUUUGCCCAAAUUUCAACAGUAUCUGCUCUUCUCUGGCUCUGCCCUUUCAAAGGUUCUCACAGGGCUUUGCCACUAUCCCGGCGACGACCUUGCAGAGGACGCACAGCUGAGCGCCGAAUAUUUACUUUCUGCAUACCAGCCAUCGGACAUGUCGUCGUUCAUGCCUCUGUUCAAGAAAGCCGGCUUCUACCGAAUCCUUAAGCGCGUGUUUCGUGUUGAAAAACGGUAUGGGGAGCUAAUUGCCACCUAUUUCGACGACCAUGACGACCGAGAGGCUGUGUUUCAGUGCAUCGCGGACUGCCUUCGCCCGCAAAAGGGGCUUGAUACCCGACAAGUAGAGGAGGUACGGCAGAUAAUCAAACAGCACGCAAGAGACUUGCUCGAAACCAGCCCCGAGCAAACCGCCCAGGCGCUUGCACGGCAACCGACGUGGGUCCAUCAGAGUAUAAUUGAUUCUGUCACAGACGACGCAGCAUUGCAACACUCAUAUUUAAAGGCCCUGAUGGAGCCAGGCAGCUCAGGCGACGACGAGGGAGACGUCAAGAACCAAGAGCUAAUCGAGCGAUAUGUACAGCUCAUGUGCAAAUUCAACCCGUCUCACGUUUCCGAUUUUGUUGAAGCCAUGCGUCCAACCGACUUGCGGCUUGAGAAACUACUUCCAACUAUGGAGGAAAACGGUGUGGUUGACGCAGCUGUCGUUCUAAUGGCUCGCGAUGGCCAGGUCAACCAAGCCAUGGACCGGCUGAUCAAGCAUUUAUUCACGUUGGAAUCGGCACUGCAAGGUCUUUUGACCGAAUGCAAAGACUCUCGGGAUGAUGUAGAUGCCGACGCAUCCGCAGCAGCGAUGCUUGAAAAACUGCAAAACUAUGUUCAUGUUGGAAUUUGGCUCUGUCAGGGCCAGACGAAGACGUCGAAAAGAGUCAGCGUUGUCAAAAAAGGACAAGCGCUUGCCAAAGAUGAUUUAUCUGCAGAUGAAGCGUUGUGGCUCGGCUUGAUUGAUGCCUGUGUACAGAUCACGAAACGGCUAUCACCCAUGAUUUCAGCACAGAUUCAGAGCUCAGUUCUCGAGGAUGAGAAGCCGCUGACGCUUCUUCGUUCGCUUGUCCAACACACGUUUACCUCACUGCUCACAGCAACGUCUAGUCCAGUUCGCGUUCAGACCGAACCGAACCUGCUGUCGAACGCGGGAAACAAUGUCUCGUUUUUGAGAAUACUAAGGGCGUUCCUUGCUGAUGCUGCAGCAUCGUCGCCAAACCUAGCAGAUCUUCGCAGCGUGUUGUCGUCAAUUUUCGCGGCAUAUGCAUAUGAAGAGUCAAUUCUACGACUGUCGAACCGGCUUCUGGAGCGAAACCUGUUUGUAAACGUGAACCAGUCAGUGCAGCUGAGACAACGCGGGUGGCGUCCCCGAGGUUCCACGUGCGAAGCUUGCAGCCGCAGAGUUUGGGGCCCUGGCGUUGCCGGCGGCUCUGUAUUCGAGGCUUGGGAAGAGAGGCAGGCGGCGCAAGAUGAAUCGCGAAAGCAGAGACAGACGCGUGCUGCAGAGAAAGCCAGAGGCAAGGCGGGCGCGUCGGAUGGCAAGGACAAGGGAAAGAGCCUGGAUGUCGGGCCAUCCAGCGCGCUCGUCGAGUCGGACAAUGCAGUGGCAGGCAUAGAGGCUCCUCUGGGACGUCUCGUUGUCCUAGCCUGCCGGCAUAUUUAUCACCAGAGCUGUCUGGACUCGUUGCAAGAGAAGCACGAGAAUGGAGUUGGUGGUGGGCGCGAGUACACAUGUCCCAUAGACGGGUGA